UUGCAGUCGCCACAGCGACGUCAGAGCGAAGUGAGACGCCCAGAGAGUUUGAGACGCCAUUUUGUGACCUCAUCUCGCCGUGCGCACACGAUACAAACGGUCCUUGAUCCAAAGGACGUUUAUCUCAGAUCAAUUGGGCGACAGAGGCGUGUGUGGGCGUGACCGGGCCGAACCAUGUCCGCUAUCAUAACGGGCGACUCGAAGGCGCCCGUGAAGACGGUCAAACGGAUCCAAUUCGGGAUUCUGAGUCCGGAAGAGAUUCGCCGCUCUUCGGUGACCGAAGGGGGCAUCAAGUUCUCGGAGGUGUAUGAAGGGGGUCGACCCAAACUGGGCGGUCUGAUGGACCCCCGACAGGGCGUGGUGGAUCGCGGCUCGCGUUGUCAGACCUGCGCCGGCAACAUGACCGAGUGUCCGGGUCACUUUGGCCAUAUUGAGUUGGCCAAACCCGUGUAUCAUCCCGGCUUCUUGACCAAGACCAUGAAGAUCUUGCGUUGCGUGUGUUUUUAUUGCUCGAAAUUGUUGGUUAGUCCGUCGCAUCCCAAGAUCAAGGAGAUUGUGCUAAAGAGUAAAGGCCAACCUCGGAAGCGAAUGGCUCAUACGUAUGACUUGUGCAAGGGCAAGAAUAUUUGCGAGGGUGGCGAUGAAAUGGAUAUCGCCUCGGAAGGCCAGCCAAACAAUGCCGUUCAGUCCGACCGACCCAAGCACGGCGGAUGCGGCCGCUAUCAGCCCAAGGUCAAGCGGAUGGGCCUGGAGCUCACGGCUGAGUGGAAACACGUCAAUGAGGAUACGCAGGAGAAAAAGAUCACCCUCACGGCCGAACGCGUCUAUGAAGUGUUCCGACACAUCACCGAUGAGGAAUGUUACAUCCUAGGUAUGGACCCGAAAUUCGCGCGCCCCGAUUGGAUGGUCUGCACGGUUCUGCCCGUGCCACCUUUGGCCGUCCGACCCGCCGUGGUCAUGUUCGGCUCGGCUCGCAAUCAAGACGAUCUGACCCACAAGUUGGCCGAUAUCAUCAAGAGCAACAAUGAGCUGAUUCGUAACGAACAAGCCGGUGCGGCCGCUCACAUCAUUUCCGAGAAUGUCAAGCUGUUGCAGUUCCACGUGGCCACGCUCACCGAUAACGACAUGCCCGGCAUUCCUCGGGCCAUGCAGAAGUCCGGCCGACCGCUGAAGGCCGUCAAAGCCCGGCUUAAGGGCAAGGAAGGUCGGAUCCGUGGUAAUUUGAUGGGCAAGCGUGUCGAUUUCUCUGCCCGAACCGUGAUCACCCCCGAUCCCAAUCUUCGGAUCGAUCAGGUGGGUGUGCCCCGAUCCAUCGCUCAAAAUUUAACUUUCCCCGAGAUCGUGACGCCGUUCAACAUUGACAAGAUGCAAGAUCUCGUUCGUCGAGGCAAUUCUCAGUAUCCGGGUGCCAAAUACAUCAUCCGCGACACCGGAGAGCGUAUCGAUUUGCGAUUUCAUCCCAAGCCCUCGGAUCUCCACUUGCAAUGUGGCUACAAAGUGGAGCGACAUAUCCACGAUGGGGAUCUGGUAGUGUUCAAUCGACAGCCGUCGCUCCACAAGAUGAGUAUGAUGGGUCACAAGGUCAAGGUUCUUCCCUGGUCCACAUUCCGCAUGAACUUGAGCGACACUUCGCCGUACAACGCCGAUUUCGACGGUGACGAGAUGAACCUCCACGUACCGCAGUCCAUGGAAACUCGAGCCGAAAUCCUGAACAUCCAUUUAACUCCUCGACAGAUUAUUGCACCUCAGGCCAACAAACCCUGCAUGGGAAUCGUGCAAGAUACGUUGACGGCCGUGCGAAAAAUGACCAAGCGAGACGUAUUUUUGGACAAGGAACAGAUGAUGAACUUGGUCAUGUUCCUUCCCACGUGGGAUGGCAAAUUGCCCAUCCCGGCCAUCAUCAAGCCCAAGCCCCUUUGGACGGGCAAACAGUUGUUCACAUUGAUCAUCCCGGGCAACGUGAAUUGCGAACUCUUCCACGCCACUCAUCCCGGAGCUAGUGAAAACAAGGGCCCAUAUUCGUAUAUCUCGCCCGGUGACACGCGUGUGCUCAUCGAGAAUGGCGAGCUCAUCAUGGGCAUUCUGUGCAAGAAGUCCCUGGGAGCCUCUGCGGGUUCCUUGCUCCACGUGUCCCAAUUGGAGAACGGUCACGAGAUGAACGGACUCUUUUAUGGUAACAUUCAAACGGUGAUCAAUCACUGGCUGUUGUUGGAAGGUCACUCGAUUGGUAUUGGUGACACCAUUGCCGAUCCCCAGACUUACGCUGACAUUAUUGCUACCAUCAAGAAAGCCAAAGACGAGGUGAUAGAGGUAAUUCACAAAGCUCACAGUGAUGAACUCGAAGCCACGCCCGGAAACACCCUCCGUCAGACCUUUGAGAAUCAGGUGAAUCGUAUCCUGAAUGACGCUCGUGACAAGACCGGAGGUUCGGCCAAGCGAUCCUUGACCGAGUUCAACAAUUUCAAGGUCAUGGUGGUGGCUGGAUCCAAAGGAUCCGAUAUUAAUGUGUCCCAGGUUAUCGCUUGUGUGGGUCAACAGAACGUGGAGGGCAAGCGUAUUCCAUUUGGCUUCCGAAAGCGAACCCUCCCCCAUUUCAUCAAGGACGAUUACGGACCUGAGUCCAGAGGCUUCGUGGAGAAUUCUUACCUUGCCGGUUUAACCCCAUCCGAGUUCUACUUUCACGCUAUGGGCGGUCGAGAGGGUCUCAUCGAUACGGCUGUCAAGACCGCCGAAACUGGAUACAUCCAACGUCGUCUCAUCAAGGCCAUGGAAUCGGUCAUGGUCAACUAUGACGGAACCGUGAGAAAUGCAGUGGGUCAAGUGAUCCAGUUCAGGUAUGGUGAGGACGGCUUGGCAGGCGAGUACGUCGAGUUCCAGACCUUGCCCACCAUCAAAUUGAGCGACAACGCGUUCGAGAAGAAGUUCAAAUUCGAUCCCACCAAUGAGAGGUAUGCACGCAAGCUCUUCAACGACGAGGUUCUGCGACAAAUGGUCGGCUCCUCCGAAGCCGUAGCCGAAAUCGAGAAGGAGUGGGAACAACUCAACAAGGACAGAGAGUCGCUUCGACAAAUCUUUCCCACAGGCGAGAGCAAAGUCGUGCUGCCAUGCAAGCUUGACCGAAUGAUCUGGAAUGCUCAGAAAAUAUUCCACAUCAACAAGCGCCAUCAAACCGAUCUGAACCCGUUGAAAGUGAUCAAGGGCGUGCGAGACCUGCUCAGCAAGUGCAAGAUCGUGCGAGGUGAUGAUAAGCUGUCUCAACAAGCCAACGACAAUGCCACCACAUUGUUCCAAUGUCUGGUCAGAUCAACGUUAUGUACCAAACUAGUGGCCGAGAACCACAGACUCACCGAAGAGGCCUUCGAGUGGCUUUUGGGAGAAAUCGAGUCCAAGUUCAUGUACGCCCAGGCCACACCGGGUGAGAUGGUAGGAGCCAUGGCUGCCCAAUCCAUUGGUGAGCCCGCCACUCAGAUGACCCUGAACACUUUCCAUUUUGCUGGUGUGUCCUCCAAGAACGUAACCUUGGGAGUGCCCAGACUGAAGGAGAUCAUCAACGUGUCCAAGAAACCGAAAGCUCCUUCUCUCACCGUGUUUUUGACUGGAACGGCCGCUCGUGACGCCGAAAAGGCCAAGAACGUCCUUUGUCGACUCGAGCAUACCACAUUGAGAAAGGUCACAGCCAAUACGGCUAUUUACUACGACCCCAAUCCUCAGAACACGGUCAUUGCCGAAGAUCAAGAGUUUGUGAAUGUGUACUAUGAGAUGCCCGAUUUCGAUCAAUCUCGUAUUUCACCGUGGCUGCUUCGUAUCGAAUUGGACCGAAAGAGGAUGACCGACAAGAAACUGACCAUGGAGCAAAUUUCCGAAAAGAUCAACGCUGGAUUUGGCGACGACCUUAACUGCAUCUUCAACGACGACAACGCCGAGAAAUUGGUGCUUCGAAUCCGGAUCAUGAACUCUGACGACUCCAAAGGGGACGAUGAUGGAGAGCAAGCCGACAAGAUGGAGGACGAUAUGUUCCUCCGAUGCAUCGAGGCCAAUAUGUUGUCGGACAUGACCUUGCAAGGUCUGGAGGCCAUUGCCAAAGUGUACAUGCAUCUGCCUCCCACCGACGAAAAGAAGAGAAUCGUCAUCACUGAGCAGGGAGAGUUCAAAGCCAUUGCCGAAUGGUUAUUGGAGACGGAUGGAACGGCCCUGAUGAGAGUGCUCUCCGAGCGCGACGUGGAUCCAAUAAGGACUGCGUCCAACGACAUUUGCGAGAUCUUCAGUGUGCUGGGCAUCGAAGCCGUGAGGAAAUCUGUGGAGAAAGAGAUCAAUACGGUGUUUAGUUUCUACGGUAUUUACGUCAAUUAUCGUCAUUUGGCCUUGCUGUGCGACGUCAUGACCGCCAAGGGCCAUCUGAUGGCCAUCACUCGUCACGGUAUCAAUCGUCAAGAUACGGGAGCUUUGAUGAGAUGCUCCUUCGAAGAAACGGUGGACGUUCUCAUGGACGCCGCCUCGCACGCUGAAGUCGAUCCUAUGCGUGGUGUGUCCGAAAACAUCAUCUUGGGACAGUUGCCUCGAAUGGGCACGGCCUCUUUUGAUUUACUCCUGGACGCCGAGAAGUGUAAAUACGGUAUCGAGAUCCCGAUGAACGUGGGAGGUGGAGGUAUCAUGGGUGGUGGAGGCAUGUUCUUCGGAUCAGCCGCUUCGCCCUCAGCUGCCAUGACUCCUGGAAUGACGCCUUGGGCUGAGGGGGCCACACCCGCUUAUGGAGCAGCGUGGUCGCCGGGAAUGGGUAGCGGAAUGACCCCGGGUGGACCUGGAUUCUCGCCCUCUGGACAAAGUGAUGCCAGUGGAUUGUCUCCGGCUUAUUCUCCCGCGUGGAGCCCGCAACCAGGCUCUCCUGGGUCUCCGGCUAUGUCGCCGUAUUUCCCUUCGCCGGCCCAUGGUGGUCUGUCGCCGAGCUAUUCGCCUUCUAGCCCGACGUAUGCGCCCACGAGUCCCAAUUUGGCCUCGCCCACCUCGCCGGGAUAUAGUCCGACCUCUCCUCAAUAUAGCCCGACAAGUCCGGGUUACAGUCCGACCAGUCCCAGUUAUAGCCCGACCAGUCCUGGAUACAGUCCGACCAGUCCCAGCUAUAGCCCCACGAGCCCGAGCUAUAGUCCGACAUCGCCGAGUUACAGUCCGACAUCGCCCAGCUAUAGCCCCACGAGCCCGAGCUAUAGUCCAACCUCGCCCAGUUAUAGCCCAACAUCCCCGAGCUACAGUCCCACCUCUCCGAGCUACAGCCCCACAUCACCAAGCUACAGUCCCACAUCACCCAGCUAUAGCCCAACAUCCCCGAGCUACAGUCCCUCAUCGCCGAAUUAUAGCCCGACAUCGCCGAGCUACAGCCCCACUUCACCCAGCUACAGUCCGGCCAGUCCCAGUUACAGUCCAACAUCCCCAAGCUAUAGCCCAACAUCGCCGAGCUACAGUCCGACAUCGCCGAGUUACUCGCCGGCCAGCCCCUCCUAUUCUCCCAAGAGUCCGGGACAUUCCCCGGCCAGCGGCUCCUACUCGCCCAGUAGUCCCAAGUACAGUCCGGCCUCACCAAGCUACAGUCCCACAUCGCCGAGCUAUAGCCCCACGAGUCCAAACUACAGUCCGACUUCGCCCAAGUAUUCACCCACAUCGCCGACUUACAGUCCGACCUCACCGAAAUAUUCACCCAGUUCACCGAAGUAUUCACCUUCUUCACCGCAAUAUUCACCCUCGUCGCCCCAAUAUUCCCCGAGUUCUCCUCAAGGCUCGACCUAUUCGCCCACGAGCCCCAACUACUCGCCCUCGUCACCCCAAUAUUCUCCGGCCAGUCCAACCUACAGUCCCACUGCGGGUUCGAGUUAUUCUCCAACUUCACCUACCUACAGCCCCACGUCCCCUUCUUAUGAUACCGAAGAAGAUGACGAAGAGAAAAAGAAGAAGAAAAAGAAAUAAGGCUCACAAAAGAAGUAGCACUGCUUGCUUUGAAUUCAUGUAGAAUGACCCUGAUGGGUCUCGAAGAUGUGUCGUAGAUUCUUGUAUGAAAGCGAAUGGCUUGCUAGCCUUGUACAGAGCAUCCACAAGCAAAAAAAAAAAAUAUUUUCCUCUCUUCAGAACCUUUGUGAAAUAAAUUAUUACCAAACACUCAAAGAACAAGGAAAUCGAGAUUAUUGAACAUUGAUUUUUACAUGGUUUUCAAACAG